AUGUCCGUAGGAUAUAAUUCACCUUUUGCUCAAAAUGCACAAACAAAUGUUAAGCCAUCAACUGGUGGACCAGAAACAAUGGCUAUUAGAUUAACCGUUGUUAGUGGUAAACAAUUGAAGGCUAUGGACCUUCGUUCUUCUGAUCCUUAUGUCAUUGUUUCAGUAGGUAUUGAACAAAGAAAAACAAAGACUGUUAUGAAAAAUUUAAAUCCAACUUGGGGAGAUUCUUUUGAAUUCUAUAAUGUUACACCUGGAACUAUGGCUACUUUCACCGUUAUGGAUUAUGACAAACGUGGUAAAGAUGAUAAUAUGGGAAAUGCUUCUUUGGUUAUUCAAAAACUUCCACCAGGACAAAUGGCUACUAAUGAACUUCCUUUAUCUACUAAAGGUUCUAUUUGCAUUCAAUAUACUAUCAUCUCUAGUUCUUCUAGUACAAAAACUUCACAACAAUGUGGUACUAAACCUACUCAACAACAACAAUAUCCAAGCUAUCCACAACAAGGUGCCCAACAAGGAUAUGGUGCAUAUCCUCCAGGCUAUCCUCAACAACAACCAGGAGCACCAGCCCAACAACAAUAUCCAGGUUAUCCUCAACAACCACAAGGUCAACAACAAUAUCCAGGUUACCCACAACAAGGAGGUUAUCCCCAACAACCAGGAGUACCAGCUCAACAACAAUAUCCAGGCUAUCCACAACAAGGUGCCCAACAAGGAUAUGGUGCAUAUCCAGGCUAUCCUCAACAACAAAGUGCUUCUGGAAAGCAAGCACCUCAACCAGGAGCACCAGCUCAACAACAAUAUCCAGGCUACCCACAACAAGGUGGUUAUCCACAACAACCACAAGGUCAACAACAAUACCCAGGUUAUCCACAACAACCACAAGGUCAACAACAAUAUCCAGGUUAUCCACAACAACCAGGAGUACCAGCUCAACAACAAAGUGCCUCUGGAAAACAAUCAACUCAACCAGGAGCACCAGCCCAACAACAAUAUCCAGGCUACCCACAACAAGGUGGUUAUCCUCAACAACAAUACCCAGGUUAUCCACCACAACAAGGAUAUGGUGCAUAUCCAGGUUAUCCACAACAAGGUGCUCAGGGUCAACAACCAGGAUACCCACAACAAGGAUAUGGUGCAUAUCCAGGUUAUCCACAACAACCACCAAAAUAAUUCAGAAAAAUUUUAAGCAUACUUUGUUUUUUUAUUACCUUUCAUUGAUUAAUAUUUCUUGUCUUUAGUAUUGUUUAACUUUGGAAUAGUUUGUGAAGUUUUAUAGAUUUAUGGAAUGAUAUAAAAGGUUGAUUUUCAAUAAGUACC